CGUACGGACAGUGACGGUGACGCGGAGAGAAAUAGAGCAUAUUUUUAAGCAGCCAUUUAAAAAAGCUAAAAAUGCAACAGCCAACCGGUGCAUUUCGCACUUUCGCAGGUGGGUCAAACUUUGCUGGUGCUUGUGCCUGAAGCCUAAAGCUGCGUCGUGCACACGACACAGAAACCACGAAGAAUAAUAAUUUACCAAAAACGACGGCAUACCGAAGAAACCAUAUUUGAACCCGCGGACUGGAAGCAUUCGUUAAAGUUAGAUAUUGAAGAAGGAAGAUAUGGAGGAGGAAAGGUGUUAUCCGACGAUGGAUCUGCUACGUUCGGAGCCAAUGCAAUUGGCACAGCUCAUCAUUCCCAUGGAAUCAGCUUACCUCACGGUUUCCUACCUCGGCGAACUUGGUCUUUUCCAAUUCAUUGAUCUCAAUGCGGAAAAGAGCCCGUUCCAGCGGACCUAUGCUGGUCAGAUAAAAAGAUGUGGAGAAAUGGCUCGCAAACUACGUUUCUUCAGGGAGCAAAUGAUGAAGGCUGGUUUGUCACCCUCGUCAAGGGCUGGAACAAGCAGCAAUGUUGAUCUUGAUGAUUUAGAGAAUAAACUGGGUGAACUUGAGGCUGAUCUGCUAGAAAUUAAUGCUAACAAUGAAAAGCUACACCGCACUUAUACUGAGCUAUUAGAAUAUAAACUUGUUCUCCAGAAGGCUGGUGAGUUUUUCUCUUCAGCUCAAAGUAGUGCUGCAGCUCAUCAGAGAGAAUUUGAAGGGCAGCACAAUGGCGAAGGAUCCAUUGACAGUCCAUUAUUAAUUGAACAAGAAAUGACAACUGAUCCGACCAAGCAAGUUAGGCUUGGGUAUAUCAGCGGUCUUGUUGCAAGGCAUAAAUCAAUGGCCUUUGAAAGAAUCCUAUUUCGUGCAACCAGGGGUAAUGUGUUUUUGAAGCAAGCUGUAGUUGAUGAUCCUGUCAUGGAUCCCAUCUCGGGAGAGAAGGUGGAGAAAAAUGUGUUUGUCAUCUUCUUUUCUGGAGAGAGGGCAAAGAACAAGAUUAUAAAAAUAUGUGAAGCCUUUGGAGCAAACCGUUACCCAUUUGCAGAUGAUCUAGGCAAACAAUUCCAGAUGAUUACAGAGGUCUCUGGAAAACUUUCUGAGCUGAAGACUACAAUCGAUGCUGGAGUGCUGCACCGAAGCAAUUUGUUACAGACAAUUGGCUAUGAGUAUGAGCAGUGGAACUUUCUGGUGAAGAAGGAAAAGUCCAUUUAUCAUACUUUAAACAUGCUCAGCUUUGAUGUGACUAAGAAGUGUCUUGUUGCUGAGGGUUGGUGUCCUGUUUUUGCUUCAAAACAGAUUCAAAGUACAUUGCAACAAGCAACGUUUGACAGCAACUCUCAAGUUGGGGCCAUAUUCCAGGUCUUGCAGACAAAGGAAUCACCACCUACCUAUUUCCGUACAAACAAAUUCACUUCUGCUUUUCAAGAGAUUGUAGAUGCAUAUGGGGUUGCCAAGUAUCAGGAAGCAAAUCCCGGUGUAUAUACUGUUAUCACAUUUCCUUUCCUUUUCGCUGUAAUGUUUGGUGAUUGGGGUCAUGGUAUUUGCUUGUUGCUCGCAACACUUUAUUUCAUAAUCAGGGAAAAGAAAUUUUCCAAUCAGAAACUCGGGGACAUUGUAGAAAUGACAUUUGGUGGUCGUUAUGUUAUUUUGAUGAUGGCACUGUUCUCAAUCUACACAGGAUUAAUAUAUAACGAAUUUUUUUCGGUUCCCUUUGAAUUAUUUGGAAAGUCAGCUUAUGAAUGCCGUGACCCUUCCUGCAGGGAUGCUACUACAGCAGGUUUGAUUAAGGCACAUGACACUUACCCAUUUGGUGUGGACCCCAAAUGGCAUGGAUCCAGGAGCGAGUUACCAUUUCUUAACUCAUUGAAGAUGAAGAUGUCAAUCCUUCUUGGAGUAGCCCAGAUGAAUCUUGGAAUUAUAAUGAGUUACUUUAACGCAAAAUUCUUUGAUGAUAAAUUAAAUAUCUGGUACCAAUUUGUCCCCCAGAUGAUAUUUUUAAACAGCUUGUUUGGCUACCUUUCUCUCCUCAUAAUUGUGAAAUGGUGCACUGGGUCACAAGCUGAUUUGUAUCAUAUUAUGAUAUACAUGUUCCUGAGUCCUACUGAUGAUCUGGGUGAAAAUCAACUUUUCUUUGGUCAAAAAUUCUUUCAGCUUCUGUUACUAUUCUUGGCUCUUGUUGCUGUACCAUGGAUGCUGUUUCCAAAACCUUUUCUCUUGAGGAAGCAGCACGAGGAAAGGCACCAAGGUCGGUCUUAUGCUCUACUAGACAGCACUGAUGACCCUCUUGAUGAGGAUCCACAUCAUGGUUCCCAUGGACACGAGGAAUUUGAGUUCAGUGAGGUCAUUGUACACCAACUCAUACAUACAAUAGAAUUUGUUCUUGGAGCAGUAUCAAAUACAGCUUCAUAUCUACGUCUAUGGGCCCUCAGCCUAGCUCAUUCAGAGUUGUCGAGUGUAUUUUAUGACAAGGUUCUUCUUCUAGCCUGGGGGUUCAAUAAUGUCAUAGUUCUAAUUAUCGGAAUAGUUGUUUUUGUAUUCGCAACCGUUGGUGUUCUGCUAGUAAUGGAAACACUAAGUGCAUUUCUUCAUGCCCUAAGGCUUCACUGGGUGGAGUUCCAAAACAAGUUCUAUGAGGGAAAUGGUUACAAGUUCUACCCUUUUUCAUUUGCAUUAGUUGCUGAAGAGGAGGAAUGAUACAAUACAUAAAACGUUUGUUCAUAAUUAAUAUACUAAACAAAAUUUGAUCAUAUUAGGUUAGCUUUAAGUAGAGAAACACGGCAAUUCUUACAUUUGCCCUCGGUUGCAAUCUUGUGAAGAUGGAGAGUUGUAAUAUGCAUUCAAUUAUUUUCAUAUGACAAAUUGAUGUUGUUGUAUUGUAGUUUGUAACUCAUACAAUUGAAACUUUCAAAGAAUAAUGAAAUACCGGGUUCUGGUAUUCAUUACUUCUAGUAACUCUAUUUUUAGUAACUUUUUCCUUUCACAUUCUUCAUGUCCUUUAUUUCUAUGCAAUUUUGAGACGUAGGAACAACAGACUGUUAAAAAAAUGGGGUUCCAGACUUCUCAGUUAAUUAUUUCUUUUCAAAGAAAAACAUCAGUGGUUGCGAUGAUUAUUUUUUUAGCCAGGGAACACCAUUAUUGGCUUAAUUCUUUAUCCCAAAAAUUCUAUAGUUGGGCAAAUUCUGCCAUGGAUUCUAUGGUUGGGCGAUUUCUAGAUUGUCUUUUUGAAAAAAUAAAAACGUUCCGUUGCCGGGACUUGAACCCGGGUCUUUCGGGUGAGAGCCGAAUAUCCUGACCAACUAGACUACAACGGAAACGUGCAAUUGGAUUAUGCUAAAACUUAAAAAAAUUGGCAUCGUCUACGACUUGUUUCCUCCAGUUAAUUCUCAUAGUGGUACAUCGUCUACAAUGGACACGUGCAAUAUCUCACCUUUUUUUAUUAUAAUUAUUUUUAUUUCUUGUUUUUCUAAGUUUUGAUUCCUAUAUCAAUAUCAUUAUUUAUUGUUGUCGUUCCUAUGUUGGAUCAAUAAUCAAGAUUAUCUUAAAUGGAGAAAUUGAAGUUAAUAUUAGGUCGCUGCUGCUAGGUUGAAUUAUCCUUCCUCGCCAAACGCAAGCCACCUUACUGAUAAAGCACCAAAAAAAGAGCGCUGAACUAUGUCAACAAAAAUGAGCGAACACAAUUCCAUAUAACCAGUCUGAUUCUAUAUACCAAUCAGUUUCUACAACUGUUGAACACCAAGGCUUCUAGUUCUCCUGACAAGAAUCUACCAAAAACUCUAAGAGUUAUGAAAAUCCUGUUUACAGCAUAUUAAACGACAAUUACUAGACUCCUCAGCAUUAAACAAGUGUCUUAUUAAACAUUAACUUAUAGUUUAUCUAUUAAAGUUUAGCAAGCAAAGGAUAGUACAAUCAUAAAGAAACAUACAACCAUGGAAUAAGCUUGCAGAUAACACCAGAAGCAUCACAAGUUUGCUUAUGGGAACAUCAAGAAGCUAUCUGAAUAGGUAUCAUCAUUUUAUAUAUUUACAUAGCUCAUACCCCACUUCCCUAGCAACUUACUAAAUGAUAUGACAAUUCAAUGACAUAUUAAUUAUGCAGAGCAGCUACGGUUGAGACCAUGGAGUCCACCCCACAAACAUUGCGACCUCUGCAGAUUUUGUAAUAUCCAUCCUCUCCCCAACUAGCUC